AUGCGCAGAAGGAUGCAGGAGGGCCAGGCGCUGGCUGGGCCUCCGGGGCCAGCGGGCGGUUAUUUGGCCCUGCCAGGUGCCGGCCAGCCAGAUGCCGCGGUCGCGGUGAACUGGGCGGAGCAGCUUCCUUGGCUGCGGGCGCUGAAGCAUUUGCAGCUGCCUCUUGAUGCCUUCAACCUGGGCCUCAGCAGCGACGGGUGCCUCGCCGGGCGGCAGCUGCUUCGGGAGGUGCACGGGUGGGAGCUGCGGCGCUGCUGCCUGCUGGUGCUGGUGCGCCGGCUCGAGGUUGUGGCAGGGGAACUGCAGGCACAGCUCGCAGACCCCAGCGGAUGUGCGUGGGCCUCUCUUGGAUUUGGAGGCCGCUGCUGCGAGGGUUCCGUGCUUUGCCUCGUGGGUGCGCUGGUGGUGCAGGGCAUGGUCUUCGUGCCCCCGAGCGCUGUGGCGCAGGUCUUUCCACCCAGCCAGGGAUCUUCGGCGGAGGCACAGGAGCUGAGAGCGGCCGCUCGUGCGGUGGAGCGAGCGGCACGGAGGGAUGAGUACGUCCAAUGA